ACGAAUCCAUUCAGUUCUGAAUCGUAGAACGUAAACCACUUAAAUUUUAUGCUUGAUCGAUUUUUCCAUUCCCUUUUAUUAGUGAAGUCAAAUUGCACAGGAACCAAGCCAUAUCUCGGCGGAAUUUAUUAUUCCUUUGAUCUUCUCUUCCCGGAAUACUGAUCCUGGCCGAGUUGUAGUUGUAGCUGAAUACGAAUCACUUUGGCACGGUUUGAACGUUUGAUCGAGUUGGGAAACUGCAGGAUCUGAGCUGUGUCCCACUCGUUUAUUUUUUGUGCAAUAGCGUCGCAUCAAGAAUCAGAGGUUCCCUGAUUUGUAGUUCAUUAUGUCGACUUCUGCGCGUCGAAGAUUGUUGAGAGACUUUAAGAAGCUUCAAGAAGAUCCGCCUGCAGGAGUGUCUGGAGCUCCGACGGACAACAAUAUCAUGGUGUGGCAUGCUGUUAUUUUUGGGCCAGCCGAUACGCCGUUUGAAGAUGGAACGUUUAAGCUGGUUCUGGAAUUUACGGAGGAAUACCCCAACAAACCGCCGCUCGUCCGCUUUGUUUCGAAAAUGUUUCAUCCUAAUGUUUACGCUGAUGGUGGAAUUUGUCUGGACAUUUUACAAAAUCGCUGGAGUCCGACGUAUGAUGUGGCGGCGAUUUUGACUUCUAUUCAAUCGGCAUGUAUCUGUACGUCGUUAUUGGACGAACCGAAUCCGAACAGCCCGGCCAAUAGUUUAGCAUCUCAGCUGUACCAGGAAAACCGGCGGGAAUACGAAAAACGUGUUGUGGCCAUCGUGGAACAGUCAUGGAUUGCAUUCGGGGAUGAAAAGGACGAAAAAGACAAGAAGAAAAAGUGAUGGGAAUUAAAGUUGAUAUGUCACGCUUAAUCGCUUGGUUGACAAAAGAAUAUCCCGAAAGUGGAAUCAAACGGCUGGGAAUUAGGGAACGCUUCUCUGCAUACUUUUCAUGUGUAAUUGUACAAUUUCCGCGAAUCUCUGACGGUUGUGUCAAUUUUCUCCAGUCUUUCAAAGAAGAAAUGAGACAUACCUGUGGAAUUUUCAGUUAAUUGUAAUUUGUAGAUUUAGAAGGUCCUAAUACCGCUUGCGUUUGGCAUGGCGAAGCUACCUCAGUGGAAGUGCUUGUUUCCUUCCCUGCUAGUCCCCUUUUUGUGCAUCUGUCAUUCGGACGGUCGGACCUGACAUCCGAACAAUAAAUUAUUCGGGCUUAAAUUUAUUUAUCUACA